GACACAACCAUAAAUUAGAUAUCAAAUCAAAAGAGAAAGUAUAAUUUUGGUAUGGGUAUAAGGUAUAAUCAGUAUAAUAAUUAACAUUUUUAGUUUAGUUAGUUAUAAAGUGAGUAGAAAAUAGAAAGUCAUAUAAAAAAAAAUUCAAAUUUUAGCUUAUAUUUACCAAAUUAUUUACUGUCAGCUGACACUGACACUCAGAGGUUUAUCAUUUUCAAUGGUGUUUGUAGUCAUUUUGUAAAAAUUGAUUAAAAUAUUCUUGGAUUGAUCAAAUGGAAGUAAAACAAGAAGUCGGGGAGGAGCCCAGUAAAAUAGAAAUGUAUAAUAAUGAGAGGUGUGAUGCAGCUGUUCCUGAUACUUUUAAAACUGCAAUUAAAGAAGAACCCAAGGACCAGCUAUUUACAGAUACAGAUUAUAUAUUUAAUAACUUAGGUGUAAAGGACCAUGUAAAAACGGAAAUGAAACAAGAUGAAGCCCAAUUUAUACCGUUAGGAGAAAAACAAGCAAUUGAAGAGACUAUGGAAUUUAAAAUUGAAAUUAAGGAAAAGUUUAUUGAAUAUGACCAAAAAGAUAUAGAGAGUCAGCUAUCCACAUCAAUAGAUCUGGAAAAUUUCAAAAAUGAAGCAAAAGAUAACUCAGGAAUGGGAUUAAAAGCUAAAAUAAAGGAAGAGUUUGCAGAAGAUGGUCAAUGUGUAGAGACUGAACUAUUUACAUCCCUAGAUCUUGAAGACUUAAAUAAUGAAACAGAUGAAAACAACUCUGGUUUUUCUCAGAACAGAAUGGAAAUCAUGAAAACUGAACUUGUAUGCACUACAGAACAACAAAUAAGUGCAACCACUGAAGAAACAACGUUAAAAAUUUCAAUUUGUAAAUGUAAAAUUUGUUUUAAGCAAUUUUACCAUGCAGGUUCUUUGAGGCAACAUAUGAUAACACACACUGGAGAACAGCCUUACAAGUGUGAAAUUUGUUUUAAGCAGUUUACUACAAAAACUUGUAUGAAAAAUCAUUUGUGUGUGCUCACUGGGGAAAAACCUUACAAGUGUGAAAUUUGUUUUAAACAGUUUACUCGAAGAUACGAUUUGAAAAGGCAUGUGAGUUUGCACACUGGAGAAAAUCUUUAUAAGUGCGAAAUUUGUUUUAAGCAGUUUACCCGUGAAUCCGAUUUGAAAAGGCAUAUGAGUGUACACACUGGAGAAAAGCCUUACAAGUGCGAACUCUGUUUUAAACAGUUUAAUCAAGUAUGUGAUUUGAAAAGUCAUUCGAGUGUUCACGCUAGAGAAAAACCUGUCAAGUGCGAUAUUUGUUUUAAGCACUUAAGUAGAGCAUACGAUUUGAAACGACAUAUGAUAAUGCACACUGGAGAAAAGCCUUACAAGUGUGAAAUUUGUUUUAAGCAGUUUGCAACAGCAACUUAUAUGAAAAAUCAUUUGAGUGUGCACACUGGGGAAAAACCUCACAAGUGUGAAACUUGUGGUAAGUGCUUUGGUCAAGAAAAGUAUUUGAAAGAACAUAUAAAAAUACACGCUGCAGAAAAGCCUUACAAGUGUAAAAAUUGUUUUAACCAGUUUACUAGAGCAACUCAUUUGAAACGACAUAUGGUCUUGCAUACUGGAGAAAAACCUUACAGGUGCGAAAUUUGUUUUAAGGAGUUUGGUCGAAAAUCCGAAUUGAAAAGGCAUAUAAAUUUGCACACUGGAGAAAAGCCUUACAAGUGCGAAAUUUGUUUUAAACAGUUUAAUCAAGUAUGUGAUUUGAAAAGUCAUUCGAGUGUGCAUACUGGAGAAAAACCUUAUAAGUGCGAAAUUUGUUUUAAGCGAUUAAAUAGAGCAUACGAUUUGAAACGACAUAUGAGAUUGCACACUGGUGAAAAGCCUCACCAGUGUAAAAUUUGUUUUAAGCAGUUUUCAACAGUAACUUACAUGAAAAAUCAUUUGAGUGUGCACACUGGGGAAAAACCUUACAAGUGUGAAACUUGUUGUAAGUGCUUUGGUCAAGAAAAGCAUUUGAAAGAACAUAUAAAAACACACGCUGGAGAUAAGCCUUACAAGUGUGAAAUUUGUUUGAAGCAGUUUACUCGAAGAUAUGAUUUGAAAAGGCAUGUGAGUUUGCACACUGGAGAAAAGCUUUACAAGUGCGAAAAUUUGUUUUAAAUAGUUUAAUCAAGAAUGUAAUUUGAAAAAUCAUAUGAGUGUGCAUACUGGAGAAAAACCCUACAAGUGCGAAAUUUGUUUUAAACAGUUAAAUAGAGCAUAUUUAAAACGACAUAUGAGAUUGCACACUGGAGAAAAGCCUUACAAGUGUGAAAUUUGUUUUAAGUAGUUUAAGGAAACAAGUAGUUUGAAAACUGAUUUGAGAAUACACAGUGCAGAAGAAGUUAAUGUUGCCUAAUACUAUUGAAUUAGGGUAGAGACUCUGUUUAUGGCCACCAUAAGCAAUUUCUUUCAUUGUAAUGAAUAAAACACUAACAUCAUCAAUCAACCUUCAACGUUUUAACCUGCUAAAUAUAAACCAUUUUAAGAAUAACAAAUAUUAAAAACAAGAUGGAAACUUUUGUCACAUAAUAUGGCCACAAAGCUCCUACUUACAGCCAUCACUUUUCCCUAAUGGACCACAGGAGUGAUGACGUAGAUUUUAUUGACAUCUGUCAGUUUUUCUUUCCAAACAAACCUUUUUUAGUGUGGAUAAUUUGUAUUUUUCGUUAUUUUUUCAUUUAUUUUAUAGAAUCUUUCCGCUUUUUGCAAUAUUUAAGUAUUCUAAUAGUUACUACAACAAUUUUACAAGGUUGUGUAAAUAAUAAAGCACAUUGUUUUAUGCUAAUAGCAAUAAAAUGCAUGUAUCAAUAAAGUAAGGUUAGAAUUUCUUUAAUUUAAACUUUUAAACUAUAUUUCAUAGAAAUAGAAUUCUGAUGGUAUUAUCGUAAAAAACACUAUGCUUACAAGAAAAAGCAGCAGAGGAAGCAAAAUGUUAACUUUAUAGAAAUUAAAAGUCUUUAGAUUGGACAUUUCAACUUUUGUUUGGAAAGUAAUAAUUACAAUGUGACAGUUGUGACGUCACACUCCUGCGGUCCAUUAUGGCUCCUAAGAAGUUAAUCAUUAUCUAUAUAAAAAAAGAACAAUAUAACCGUUUUUUGCAUC